GAAGUUCCUUCGCACAAACAACUCAAAUACGCGAAAGAGAAAGAGCGAAAGGAAGAUAAGAAAAAGAGAAGGGCAAUCAGCAACGACUCAAAAGAAGUACUUCAACAACAAAAUACUCUUCUAAUUCACUUUAUGUUUCUUGUUGGUCUUGUCGAGUGAGGAGAGAGUUCCCUGAAGGUUAGAACGUCUCUCUCUCUUUUGUUUUUGAUUUUCUUCUUCCGGUGUCUGGCACUCCAAGGUGUUUGUUGGGGUGUGCUCACACAACAGCCGUACAUAGUUUUGUCCUGUAUUCGUUGUUCUCCUCUCUACCGGAGAACAACGACUUUUUGUGUCUUCCUUCUUCCUCUUUUUAUUGUGGUCUCUUUCUUUUAUACAAGAGUCAAUUCUUUUUUUCUUUAGUAUUAUUCACUGCGGUGUGUGUGUGCGUGUGUGUGUUCGUGCUUCUUAUAUUAAAUAGACAGCUCUCCCCACGUAUUUUGUGCUUUGGUUUUCGUAGUUGUGUAUCUUCUUGCUCUCCUUUAUUAUUAUUAUUAUCAGUGACAUCAUUGUCAAUAUAUAUAUACACAUUUUUAGUGUCCGUUCAUUGAAUGGAGCAGCCAGACUACAGUUUCUCGUCCCUGCCAAGGCACACUCUGCCCCAUUCAAGUCUGGCCGCCAGUCUUGUCUCGCCUGUCCUGUUCACUGACUCCUCCACCACCCCCCCGACCUCCCUUAGCUCCAUGCGCUUCUCUGCCGCUUUCCCUAAGCGGCCACGAUGGUGGUGGUGGUGGUGGUCGCCGCCGCCGUUCGUGUCGGAGAAGCUGUCACGCCGCGCCCUGGCGCUCAUUUUCCUCCUGCUCUGCGUCCUCGCCGUUGUCGUGUUCUGGGCGGUGCAGUACCUGUACCGCGAAGGUCCUUUCAUGGCCUUCGUCGCGGUCCCUGAGGCGGAGUGGCUCGCCACCCAGCUCUCCCCAUCCCUCGACGUGGCGCAGCUGCCGUUCUUGGACUUGUGCAUCGCCGGGGAGGUGAUGGAGAAGCACGUGCGACGCCCGUCCGGCCAACCAGAGCGACUACGCCAGCGGCAGCUUGCCACGCUGAUGGAUCGCUUUCACCACAUCCCCGCUCACGGUGGGGAGGCGGCGGUGGAGUGGAGUAUGGCGACCGGGCUGCCCGUCGCGCACAAGCGCCGGGGCGUGGUGCAGGCCCGCUUUGUGACGGCGUCUGACAAGUUGAACGACUACGUGCACAUCGCCGCCACCGCGGCCACGAUGGCCGGCGUGCAGCUCGAGAUGGUCGGCAAGCGCUGGCGGCACUUCUCCUUUCUGAAACGCAUGGGGUUGAUUCUAUCAUUUGCGGAGCAGGAAGGCUUGUCUGAUGCCGACGUGUUAGUGGGCAUGGACAGCGACGCACUGCUGAGUGGAGAGGACAUGUAUUCUUUUCUGGAGGCCUUUGUCGCCUCCACCGCGGCGAGCGAGGCGGAGCACGGCGCCUACGCAGUGCGUGACAUCCGGCUCGGCAAGCGCAUGCCUCCUUUCCUGUUCAGCGGCGAGUACAACUGUAUGCGGGAUCAAAUGACGAGAGACUUCGAUGAGUGCCGGGCCCCCUAUCAAGAGGUCGAUGCGAUGAUGUCGGCCUGGGCGGCGAGGGAGAACGUGACGCUUCCGUCCUACUACACCGAGGACGUCAACCCGCUGCGCUUCUUUAACGCAGGCGUGUUCGUCGCGCGGGUGUGGGCGGUGCGACUGUGGAACACCGCACUGCUCGCGUUUGUCGAUACGCACGCCCCUGCGUUCGGCACGAGUUGGUGGUGCGACCAGAGUAGCAUGAGCGCCAUCUACCUCGAACUGCGUCGGUGGGAGCUUCUGAGUGGCGCCCUGCAGGGCCCGCCGCAGCUGCUGAACCGGCGCGAGAAGGAGAACAGUUUCUUCCCGCCGCUGGUGUUGCCCUCGCGGGACUGCGGCCCACACGGUGUCCCGGCCGGUCUGGUGGACUACGACCGCACCGGCCGCCUCACCCUCACAGUGGGACCGGAGAUGAGUGGGCAGGAGGUGUUUCAGAUUAACCAGAUGACGGUGCCGUUGAACAAUGAAUCGGACAUGGUGCUGCACCGGCUCCUGCACAUGGCCGCCUGGCAGCUGGAGACGUCCCUGACAGGGGUGCUGCAGUCGACCCAUCGAGUGCAGAUCGCCCCUCGCGAGCACGUGGACUGCCACGGCGUGCAGGCCGUCGGCGCGGAGUGCGGGUAUCGAGACGCUGUGCUUGGCUUUCGUCCGGCGAAUCGCCGCGAAGUGACCCCGCUGGUCUGGCACUUUGCGGGGGCCGGCAAGCGAGGCACUAUCUCGCACUACCGAGCCCUCUUUCCAUGGUACACACCGGCGAUGCGCGAUCCGGUGCUGCGGAAUGCGCUGCUGUGGACGCUCGUGAAUGCCCCACCGACGCGGGUAUUCGCGGUGGAUGCAACGACGGAAGCGUGGCUGACGUCGACGCCGACGGCGCCGGUAUCGCUGCUGCCGCACCGCAGCCACGACGACCUUACCUUCUUCCAGAUGUGCACGUAUCGGUUUUAUGAGGGGUGGUGA